AUGGACUUCCUGCGUGGUUGAGACCCCUGCCGCAGAGGUGUUCGGUCAGCACCAUGAUGGUGACGAAGGCCUCCGCAGCCGUUUUGUCCCAAGUGCCUUAGUUCAGCAAUUUUCGGAUCGCCGGUUCAACGGAUGAUGUACAGAGACGGCCCGGAAUGUGUAGAGAGCAUGGUUCCACCUGGAGGCGCUGGCCACAGCGCGCGGCUGCGCAUGGCCGCGCCCGCCUCCGGCAGCACGGACACGGAAUGGAAACUCCAGCGCACCGGAACUUUCCUCGACGUCUGUUCAGAUCCAGGGAGCGAUUCUUGGGCGGAUCAGUUGGAGGCGAGGGCUGCCAGCGACCCUGGGCCGCAGUCGGCGCCGCGGCAGAACGCGGUCCGGGGGCGCCGCGUGGGCGGCUGGCAGGACGAGUACGUCAGGGUGCUGGAGCAGCGGGUGGCCUCUUGGCAGCUGGGCCCCAGCAGUGACCGCGCCAGCUCCUUGCGGGAGCUGCUGACGCCGUUGGUCCACGAGGUCCACGCCCCUGCCCGGCGCAGGCCGCGCACGGUGCCGCCCACGCCCCUGGAGAGGUCUUCCGCCGACGGCUCGUCGUCGGAGACCCCGCCGCCGAUGCAGCAGCUGGCCUGGAGCGGCCUCCGGCGGCAGCGCGGCAGCAGCGGCGGCGGGCCCACGCCCCCCGGCGGCGCGCGGGGCGCCGCAGCGCGUCCGCCGCGGCCGUCUCCACGCUCGCCGCGGCAGCCCCCGAGGCCGCUCGGCGGAGCCCAUGGCGCCGGGGCGCCCGACGACGAGGUCCAGGCAGGCGGAAUCGCCACUGCUCCCCGGCAUCACGCCGCUGCCGCCGGUCUUGCCUCGGCGUCCCCCCGCGCCGGCCUCGGCGCCCGCCGCGGCGUGGUCCGACGCUCCGGCUGCCUGCCGAGCGCGGGGAGCUACGGCCACCCGGAGCUGUGCAACCGGCCGUGCUGGUACUGGCCGACCGCCAGUGGAUGCCGGCACAACCAGGCGUGCGAUUUUUGCCACCUGCCGCACCCGAAGCGCGGCUCCGUGCGGCCCGAGCGGUGGUGCCGCGACGUGCUGCAGCACAUGUCCGGCGGCGCCCGCGUGGCCCUGGCACGGGCCGCGGUCGUGGAGCGGGCGCUGGCCGUCGGGCUGGGACCCGGGAGCAUCGAGGCGAUCGGCGCGUGGUUCGGGCAGCUCGGAAGCCCUGGUCCCGACUUCGGCAUCGAGCGCGGGCAGGGGCACCACCCGUGGGGCGAGGUGGAAGCCACGCUCCGAAAUCAGUCCCUGCGCUGGCUGCUGACCAUGGCGCAGUGCGGCCUCGCGCACGGCCCCGAGGCGGACCGCCGCACGACCGAGCUGCUCGACUCCUUGCGGGCGCUGCUCUGACUCCGCCACUGGCUGCCAGCGGGCGCCACUGCGCGGCGCGGCUGGGCACUGGCAACGAUGGGCGGGGAUAAUCUC